GAUCUCCGCAUGACUUGAAUCUGCAUGAGCCAGUCUCUGUUUGUGCACCUGCAGCCACAGCUGAGGCGCUUUUCGACGAGAUCAGCGACGAUUCCUGCAUGCUGUCAGCAGCACUGAUGCAGCGGCUCUGAGUCAGCUCGUGCAACAACGGCGGCCUGCCAAAAGACUCACAGCAAUGGCGGAGUGCUCGUCUUCACCGAGGCGGAUCAGGCGGCCGCUUGCCAUCCUUUAUCUUGUUGUCCACCUUCUGCUGGUGGCUCUUGCGUCAUGCGCAUGCGCCGCAGUUUUAUUGGAGAGAGAGCGGCACUCGUCAGCACGGCAGCCGUCAUGCUGUCCAUCUUUCAUCAUCACAACUGGGGUGAGGUUACCCCAUGUGGAUAAUAGUAGGAGGGGCGACGGGCUGGUGGGUGGCCGCACACCGGGUGCGUCGGCUGCGUCGAGUGGUGGUGCGCAGCAGCAGGUGGUGCAGCGGGAGAGGGAGGCCCUUAAAGUGGGGGAUGCCGUUCAGGUGGUCGGGGAGAACGUCACGCUGUACAGAGUAAGUGCCAUUCAUUCAUAUCAUUCAUCGACAUGCUCGAGCUCUUCUCUCUUUUGUGUGUGUGUGUGUGUGUGCAGUCACCGAAUCAGAAGUAUCUGGUGCGUUCCAUUGACCGCGGGAGCAGCUUGAGGUGGAUAAACAACCGGCUCACCAGGCAGAUCGACAUACUCUUCUGUUUAUUCACAUUUGAAAAGGUGGAUGAUUCGCCAGAUUGGCGGUUCCCGUGGCAAGAUGCUCAACAACCUCAUCGACGAGCAACCUGCCCUCGGCAGAAUCAUGCAGGAGAAUCCCGAUUUUAUCACAUUGGCCGCUUCCAAUCCGACGCUGAUACAGGUGGGUGGACCAGACAGAUAUGGAAUCAUGUGGGGUGUCCAUCCCAUCCAUGUACGGCAAUCAAUCUCGUCGUGUGAUUGAAUCAGAUGGUGUCUGGAGGCCCGUUGCUGCGGUUGCUGCUCAACUACAGCGAGCAGGUGAAGCUCAUCGCCAGCCGGCCCAGGCUACUCAACGCUAUCGCAGGUCAGUCAGGGGGCGAUGGAUGGAGGGAUGGAGGGAUGGAUGCACCGAUGGGGCACCACACCACACCACACCGCGUUCAUUGUGCGUGUCCUGUGCUUUAUCAAUCAGAUGCUCCGGCCUUUUUGCGUGCCGUUAGUCGUGUGCCUGAGAUCCUUGAUGCCGUCGCCUCCAAUCCUGGGCCCAUCAUGAGCCUGGCUGAGAGCCCCGCCCUGCUGAGAGAGAUCGCCAGAAACCCAUCGCCAAGUACGUGUGGCGACACACGUCCACGCACACGCGACGCGUGUGUGUGUGUGUGUGUGUGUGUGUGUUUCGCCUUUUUGCAGUAAAGGUGAUAGCUGAGGCGCCAACUCUCCUCAAGGCGAGCCACCAUCGCACAGACACACGUGGCGUCAUGCAUGCGAUUUGACGUGGCUGCUCAUUCCUUCCUCCGUUGUCAGAUAAUUGCAGAGAAUCCCGGUCUGCUGCGUCGUGUGGCGGAGAACCCAAACCCCCUAACCAUGAUCUGGCGAGUCAAUCAGGGAGAAACAGACACAUCAUCACGACACACGCAGUCACGCAAGCACAUAUUUUUGUCUUUAUGUGUGUGUGUGUGUGUGUGUGCGUGCGUGUUGGCCGUCAGGACGACGCCUGUGCUCGUGCAGAUGGUCAGCAGGCGGCCGCCGAUACAGACUCACACCGUUCACCGAGAGAUGCGAGAGGUGUGCAUCCAUGUGCGCGCGUGUGUGUGUGCCGCCAGGUGACGGAGAAUCCCAUCCUGCUGACUGUCAUCCCCCAGAACCUGGCCCUACUCGCAACGGUCAGGCGCGCCAACCACGCACUCAACGAGCCAUCCUUUCUUCCUCCCUGUCCGUGUGCGCAGAUCGCUCAGAACCCCACCCCAGUUAUCCUUUUGAGUGUGGGUGUACACACACCGACACGCAAUGAUUAUCACACACACCAAGGUGCCAGCCAAAUCAAUCAUGUAUGUCCGUGUGUGUGUUGUUCCAGGAGAAUGACAGGCUGCUGCGGGUCAUCGCGCGCAACCCCUUCUUCCUCGAGUGAGUGAGGAAUCCCGGAGAAGCUGGCAUGGCAAGCGUGUGUGUCACGGGAUUGUUCCUUUCUCUCCCGUGUGUGUGUCGUUGUCAGGGUGGUGGCUGACAACCCGGGUCUGCUGCAGGCCGUGGCGGAGGACCUGGAGCCCGUCAAGGUCCUCAGCGAAAACCCCAAACUUCUCCACGAAAUGGCGCAAAAGUUAGUAAGCCAGCUGCUUGUCCGUCCGUACUGGUGCUUGAGCAAGGGUCCCAUCAUGGGCCUGUGGGUGUGUUUUGUGUGUUUUCAGUCCCGGUGUGCUUAAGCUCAUCGCCGAGCAGCCAAACCUCCUCAGGGUACCGUACACACACAUACAGACAAAGCAGCCAGCAGCAGUCCGACCAUCCAUCCAACCAUCCAUCCUUUCUGUGUCUGUGUCCGUGUCGUCAAAUGCAAUUCAUGUGUGUCAGAUCUUGGCAGCGAACCCCAAGCUGGUCCAGAUCGUCAGCGACAACCCAGGCCUGGUCGAGGGACUCGCCAUGGCCGGCGAUGUGGUGAGCGAGAGAGAGGGAAACACACGCACACCCCCAAGCCAGAAGGCAUCAUCCAUCCAAACAUCCCCGUGCGUAACCAAUGUGUGUAUGUCUGUUGAUCGAAUCGACCAGGUGUCUCUGUUGGCCCGGCAGAUCAUCUCCGUCCGGUCCCAUCCCAUAAGGGUCGAUGGCUUGGUGGGCGUUGUGGAGGAUGUCACGGCCUGCUCGCCCAAGGAGGCGUGGUCGCCCACACAGGGAAGCCAGAACAACGGCCAGGCCCGCUCGUCGCAGGACGGUGUGCGCGUAGCGAUAGUGCGGUUCCCCGACCCUGAGGAUGAGCACUUGGCGGCUGCGUUUGAGCCGCAUGAGCUGAGACACUUCCAUGGGAUGGGCAAGGUCAAUGGCUGGGAGGGUGGCGGCAAGAGGGCGACCCAAUGACCAACAUACGUGAUUAUAGGAGGGGUGUUAGCUAAGCUUUGGUGCGUGGUGCGAGAGAGGUGUGUGGUGUGGUGUGGUGUGGUGUGCUCUGCUAAAAGGACGAAGGAAAGCUGUACAUCAGACAGACAGACGUAAGGGACUGAAUGGGGAGGGUCAAGACAUGGAAGAGACCAGACCCACAGAAGUAAAAAGGGUGGUUGCCA